GCCUGGAAGAGAAGGACAUGGGUUGGAAGUGUCAAGAUAAUGGUGAUGUGGGAUAAGUGAAACAGAGGGUGAGGGCUAAUGGGGGUUAGUGUUGGGUGGGUCUCAAAGGUGAGUCUAAAUGUUAAGAUUAGGCCGACUCAGGGAGAGUGUCAGGCCCGUCCUGUAUUACCCUCACCCUUCUUGGCACAACUGCCUGACAUUUUCACAAUCGGUGUAGAGACUGCCAGGAUUCUGCAGACAUUAGCCUCUCCCUCCUCUCCCACACACUGGCUGUUCCUUUGCCCUAGAGCUGAGCAGAGGACAUGGGGUAUCUGUAUCUAGUGUCCCCAUCUGAUCUCUCUAGGGUUAUCCUCCAUCUGUUCUUUUUCUGGGCCUUUAUUGUUCACUGUCUAACCUUAGUUUCUGCUGCAGUUGAAGCUCAGCUUCACUUGUCCUUGGUAGAGAUGGACACAAGUCGCAUACAUAUCUAUCUGGAGAAUGACUUGAAAUUUGAAGUCUCUUUCUGCUUACCUCUCCUUACGAUUUCCUACUCAGAUUAUUUUCCCUUGGACUGAAUGAAUGCAACUCCACACUCCUUUCUUCACUCAUUUCCCUCUUAUUUUGAGGUCUCUUUCAGAGUUAGCUUUAAUUAGCAAGCUCCAAACUGACUGGCUGGGCCAAACAGGGCUGGAAGCUGCUGAGUUGUUAGGGGUUGGAUGAGGGCUGAGGGAGGACACAGAGUGAGUAGACAAGGCUUCACAUACUGGGAAAUCUGGCUGGGCUUCAAGAGAGGGGGUUGGUGGUGGUGUGGCUAAGUUCCAAAUGUUGGCCUGAAGCCAGUGCUCAAAGAAAGGGGGCCCUCAAGACAGUCCAAAUGGCUCCCUUUGCCACUCCCAUGGUUCAAGCUUUGACUACAACCAGAAUUCAGAGGCAGGCAGAAGGAUUCCAGUGCUGGGGAGAAUGUGGAACAAGAAGAUCUCCAUUUGAGGGCAAGGAAACCUGUGCACACCGAUACGAGGCAAGGCAGCGAGUGGACCAGAUCCUGGAGACGCGGGAUAUGAUUGGUCGCUGCUUUGUGCUUAGCCAGGACCUGGCCAUCCGGGAUGAGUUGGAUGGUGGGGAAUGGAAGUUCUGUGAGGGACGCCCCCAAGGCCAUGAACAAUUUGGGUUCUGCCAGCAGGGCACAGCUGCCGCCUUCUCUCCUGAUAGCCACUACCUCCUCUUUGGGGCCCCAGGAACCUAUAAUUGGAAGGGCACGGCCAGGGUGGAGCUCUGUGCACAGGGCUCAGCGGACCUGGCACACCUGGACGACGGUCCCUACGAGGCGGGGGGAGAGAAGGAUCAGGACCCCCGCCUCAUCCCGGUCCCUGCCAACAGCUACUUUGGCUUCUCUAUUGACUCGGGGAAAGGUCUGGUGCGUGCAGAAGAGCUGAGCUUUGUGGCUGGAGCCCCCCGUGCCAACCACAAGGGUGCUGUGGUCAUCCUGCGCAAGGACAGCGCCAGUCGCCUGGUGCCCGAGGUUAUGCUGUCUGGGGAGCGCCUGACCUCCGGCUUCGGCUACUCACUGGCUGUGGCUGACCUCAACAGUGAUGGCUGGCCAGACCUGAUAGUGGGUGCCCCCUACUUCUUUGAGCGCCAAGAAGAGCUGGGGGGUGCUGUGUAUGUGUACUUGAACCAGGGGGGUCACUGGGCUGGGAUCUCCCCUCUCCGGCUCUGCGGCUCCCCUGACUCCAUGUUCGGGAUCAGCCUGGCUGUCCUGGGGGACCUCAACCAAGAUGGCUUUCCAGAUAUUGCAGUGGGUGCCCCCUUUGAUGGUGAUGGGAAAGUCUUCAUCUACCACGGGAGCAGCCUGGGGGUUGUCGCCAAACCUUCACAGGUGCUGGAGGGCGAGGCUGUGGGCAUCAAGAGCUUCGGCUACUCCCUGUCAGGCAGCUUGGAUAUGGAUGGGAACCAGUACCCUGACCUGCUGGUGGGCUCCCUGGCUGACACCGCAGUGCUCUUCAGGGCCAGACCCAUCCUCCAUGUCUCCCAUGAGGUCUCUAUUGCUCCACGAAGCAUCGACCUGGAGCAGCCCAACUGUGCUGGCGGCCACUCGGUCUGUGUGGACCUAAGGGUCUGUUUCAGCUACAUUGCAGUCCCCAGCAGCUAUAGCCCUACUGUGGCCCUGGACUACGUGUUAGAUGCGGACACAGACCGGAGGCUCCGGGGCCAGGUUCCCCGUGUGACGUUCCUGAGCCGUAACCUGGAAGAACCCAAGCACCAGGCCUCGGGCACCGUGUGGCUGAAGCACCAGCAUGACCGAGUCUGUGGAGACGCCAUGUUCCAGCUCCAGGAAAAUGUCAAAGACAAGCUUCGGGCCAUUGUAGUGACCUUGUCCUACAGUCUCCAGACCCCUCGGCUCCGGCGACAGGCUCCUGGCCAGGGGCUGCCUCCAGUGGCCCCCAUCCUCAAUGCCCACCAGCCCAGCACCCAGCGGGCAGAGAUCCACUUCCUGAAGCAAGGCUGUGGUGAAGACAAGAUCUGCCAGAGCAAUCUGCAGCUGGUCCGCGCCCGCUUCUGUACCCGGGUCAGCGACACGGAAUUCCAACCUCUGCCCAUGGAUGUGGAUGGAACAACAGCCCUGUUUGCACUGAGUGGGCAGCCAGUCAUUGGCCUGGAGCUGAUGGUCACCAACCUGCCAUCGGACCCAGCCCAGCCCCAGGCUGAUGGGGAUGAUGCCCAUGAAGCCCAGCUCCUGGUCAUGCUUCCUGACUCACUGCACUACUCAGGGGUCCGGGCCCUGGACCCUGCGGAGAAGCCACUCUGCCUGUCCAAUGAGAAUGCCUCCCAUGUUGAGUGUGAGCUGGGGAACCCCAUGAAGAGAGGUGCCCAGGUCACCUUCUACCUCAUCCUUAGCACCUCAGGGAUCAGCAUUGAGACCACGGAACUGGAGGUAGAGCUGCUGUUGGCCACGAUCAGUGAGCAGGAGCUGCAUCCAGUCUCUGCACGAGCCCGUGUCUUCAUUGAGCUGCCACUGUCCAUUGCAGGAAUGGCCAUUCCCCAGCAACUCUUCUUCUCUGGUGUGGUGAGGGGCGAGAGAGCCAUGCAGUCUGAGCGGGAUGUGGGCAGCAAGGUCAAGUAUGAGGUCACGGUUUCCAACCAAGGCCAGUCGCUCAGAACCCUGGGCUCUGCCUUCCUCAACAUCAUGUGGCCUCAUGAGAUUGCCAAUGGGAAGUGGUUGCUGUACCCAAUGCGGGUUGAGCUGGAGGGCAGGCAGGGGCCUGGGCAGAAAGGGCUUUGCUCUCCCAGGCCCAACAUCCUCCACCUGGAUGUGGACAGUAGGGAUAGGAGGCGGCGGGAGCUGGAGCCACCUGAGCAGCAGGAGCCUGGUGAGCGGCAGGAGCCCAGCAUGUCCUGGUGGCCAGUGUCCUCUGCUGAGAAGAAGAAAAACAUCACCCUGGACUGCGCCCGGGGCACGGCCAACUGUGUGGUGUUCAGCUGCCCACUCUACAGCUUUGACCGCGCGGCUGUGCUGCAUGUCUGGGGCCGUCUCUGGAACAGCACCUUUCUGGAGGAGUACUCAGCUGUGAAGUCCCUGGAAGUGAUUGUCCGGGCCAACAUCACAGUGAAGUCCUCCAUAAAGAACUUGAUGCUCCGAGAUGCCUCCAUAGUGAUCCCAGUGAUGGUAUACUUGGACCCCGUGGCUGUGGUGGCAGAAGGAGUGCCCUGGUGGGUCAUCCUCCUGGCUGUACUGGCUGGGCUGCUGGUGCUAGCACUGCUGGUGCUGCUCCUGUGGAAGAUGGGAUUCUUCAAACGGGCGAAGCACCCCGAGGCCACCGUGCCCCAGUACCAUGCGGUGAAGAUUCCUCGGGAAGACAGACAGCAGUUCAAGGAGGAGAAGACGGGCACCAUCCUGAGGAACAACUGGGGCAGCCCCCGGCGGGAGGGCCCGGAUGCACACCCCAUCCUGGCUGCCGACGGGCAUCCCGAGCUGGGCCCCGAUGGGCAUCCAGGGCCAGGCACCGCCUAGGUUCCCAUGUCCCAGCCUGGCCUGUGGCUGCCCUCCAUCCCUUCCCCAGAGAUGGCUCCUUGGGAUGAAGAGGGUAGAGUGGGCUGCUGGUGUCGCAUCAAGAUUUGGCAGGAUCGGCUUCCUCAGGGGCACAGACCUCUCCCACCCACAAGAACUCCUCCCACCCAACUUCCCCUUAGAGUGCUGUGAGAUGAGAGUGGGUAAAUCAGGGACAGGGCCAUGGGGUAGGGUGAGAAGGGCAGGGGUGUCCUGAUGCAAAGGUGGGUAGAAGGGAUCCUAAUCCCUUCCUCUCCCAUUCACCCUGUGUAACAGGACCCCAAGGACCUGCCUCCCCGGAAGUGCCUUAGCCUAGAGGGUCGGGGAGGAGGUUGUGUCACUGACUCAGGCUGCUCCCUCUCUAGUUUCCCCUCUCAUCUGACCUUAGUUUGCUGCAUCAGUCUAGUGGUUUCGUGGUUUCGUCUAUUUAUUAAAAAAUAUUUGAGAACAAAA